GAGACUGCACUAUACUAACUUCCUGUAGUCGCAAACACUAAACAAUAGUACGCAUACGUCAAAAAGAUGCGGUUUUGCGGUGUUGUCGCGCUAGCUGCGCUUUCUCUUCCCUUUGCCGAGGCCUUUUCUCCCGGACGGUACGCCGCACUCUCCGCUAGAAAGACAUCGUCUCAAACRGCUGUUGCCACCACACAGCUCUCGGUUGCGGCCGAUCUCACCGAUGUAGACUUCGCUAUCGACGCCAGCGCGGAAAACAUCGUCUCCCCCAAGGGAUCACAAAACGCCUGGGAGGUGCACAAAUUCGGGGGGGCGUCUCUCGCGACCGCCGAACUCUAUAAAACGGUUGGGGAUCUUCUGAUCGCCGAGGCUUCGGGAACCCGCAAAGAAAACAACGAGGGCAAGGGUGCCGUUCCAACCAUGGCCGUUGUUAGUGCAAGGGGCGGAAUGACCGACUUGCUCGUCAAGGUGGUCGAUUCGGCCCUCRUCGAUCUUGCAGCCGCCAAAACUGUCUUGAUGGAAGCCAUCGAAGGACAGAUCAGUAUCCUGACCGAACUGGCGCCGCCAUCUGUCACGGAUCCAAUCGAGGCCAACAUCCGGAACGACGCCAACGACAUUCUGUUGUUGGUACAGAGCUUGAGAAUGAUCAACACCGUUCCAUCCGUGACCAUGGAAGUUGUCACCGGAUAUGGAGAAAUCUGGUCGGCGCAAACGCUCAACGCCUACUUGCAAACCAAGCAGGAAAUCCCGGCCGAAUGGAUCGACGCCCGGCCCAUUCUCCGCGUGAAAUCCGACAGCAGCGGCCUCGGUGAAAAGGGAGAGGCCUCCACUGGCGGCGUCGUCCCCCUCUGGGAAGAAACCACCUCUCAGCUCUCGGACUGGUGGAACACCGUGGCCAAGGACAGGGGAAUGCACGAUUGCGACUACCAGUCCGGAAUUUCUCCGAUCAUCGUUGUUACCGGUUUCGUGGCCUCCACCAUCGACGGGGUCCCUACCACACUGAAGCGCUCGGGAAGUGAUUACAGUGCUACGAUUUUUGCCAAGCUGACCGGGGCCUCCCGGGUGACGAUGUGGAAAAACACCGACGGUGUUUACACCGCCGAUCCCCGAAGGGUUCCAGAAGCAUUUUCGAUUGGCUCGCUGAAGUACGACGAAGCCCUCGAGCUUGCAUAUUUUGGUGCGCAGGUUCUCCGUAAGUAUCAUCUAUCUUUGAACGCAUACCAGGAAUAUUUGGCAACGUCGAUUUUGUUUCAACCUUCACCCCAAAACAGCAUCUCAUCGAUUUGCUUUCUCUAUUGUUUCUCAAAURCAUCACAGACCCCUCGGCUAUGGUACCCUGCAUCGAUGAUAGCAUCCCGGUCUACGUGCGCAAUAUUUUCAAUCCUUCUUUCUCUGGAACAGUCGUUCAGGGAAGAAGCCCAUCCCUUGCGGAAAAAUCCCAGGAAGGUUCCGUCAAAAAUUGGCGGGCCAAAAAGGGAGAAAUCCCCAUCAAAGGAAUCACUUCGGUAGAUUCCGUGGCCCUUGUGACGCUAGAGGGUGCUUCUACCAUCGGUGGAUCGAACGUGGCCGAGAAAUUCAUGGGUGCCAUGGCCGACAACGACAUCAAUGUUUUGAUUAUUACGCAAGCCAGCAGUGAAUCGUCCAUUUGCAUCGCMGUCCCCGAAAAUGAGGGUCAAAAGGCAAUCAAUGCCCUUCAAUCGUCCUUYGAAUUAGAAUUGGCUCGAUCGACKGUGGGAUCCAUUUCGUUGUGCAAGGGUGUGUCCAUCGUCGCUAUUGUUGGAGAAGGCAUGGCGUAUUCUUCGGGUAUUUCAUCCACACUUAUGGGUUCCCUUUCCAAAGCCAACGUCAACAUCCGCUUAAUUGCACARGGAUCUUCGGAGCGACAGAUUGCGGUAGUCGUUGAUAAAGACGACACGACUCGUGCCUUGCGUGCGGCCCACCAGGCCUUCACGUUGUCCGACACCACUGCCAGUAUCACCCUUUUGGGAACCACUGGAGCCAUUGGAUCCACGUUUAUCAAUGCGCUCGAAAAGCAACGCCGCACGUUGAUCGAURGACUCGGUGUUUGUCCGCGUGUYAUGAUCAGUGCAAACUCGAAGAAGAUGUCGAUCGCCAAGAACGCCAAAGGCCUUUCCAUGGAUUCCCUCAUCUCAAAAUUGUCGAGCGAGGACGACGAAGACACUGUGGAUCUGAACCUCGAGAAACUCACAGAAGAAAUUGAAGCGGAUGUCAAUCCACACCGUGUCAUUAUUGACAUGACCAACAGCCAGGAGGUUGCUCAAUAUUACGAGCGAUGGAUGUCACUUGGAAUCGAUCUCAUCAGUCCCAGUCGCAACGUCGCCGCUGGACCCCUCGAAACCUACAAAAAGGUCAUUGAUGUCCAGAAGGGAAACUUUGUCAACUGGCAAUACGAGAGUAGUGUCGGAUCGGCUCUCCCUGUCCUCACCACUCUACGUGAUCUCAUCGAGACAGGGGAUUCUGUCAACAAGAUCCGGGGUUGCGUUAGUGGAACCUUCGCAUACGYUCUGAGUUUGCUUGACGAAGAGACGUCGUUUUCUGAGGCCUUUGGCCGUGCUAUGGAAAUGGGAUUCACCGAAAAAGACCUUCGCGAGGACCUGAUGGGGAUCGACGUGGCCCGCAAGAUCGUGAUCCUGGCACGGCAGCUCGGCAUGGAUAUCGAAAUCGAUGAUGUCGAACGCGAGUCCAUGCUUCCAGAAGACUUGGCUUCCAAGGCAGACCUUACGRUAGACGAUUUGAAAGUGCUUGACGAAGGUAUGCUGGAAAAAUACAAGGCGGCCGAAGCCGAUGGCCGCAAGCUUCGAUACAAGUUCGAAAUCGAGAAGGACAGUGGAAAGUGCCGGUGUUUCCUCGAGGCCGUUGAUARCUUGGAUCCGCUGUACCGAUUGAAAAAUACUGAAAACCUCGUUGCUUUCGAAACGGAUCUCUACACGGACUCACCCCUCAUCGUGAAGGGUGCCGCCGCCGGUCCUGGCCUCGCCGCCGCCGGAAUCUUCUCGGAUCUCUUGCGUUGCACGAGAGCAUAUUCCUCGGAGAGGUCGUAGAGCGCGGACRGUAUUGUCAGUCUUUUCACUAUUGACAUCAAUAUAUAAUGAUAUAGAUGAUUACAUCCAGCUAGGAGGGAUAAAAACUACUGCAGUUCUCACGAUAAAUAUUUAGUCCUUCAUAUCCCUUCUUGUUCACACGUACCACACGUACGUACUGGUACCGUACAGUACCGUACGGCAAAGCACGAAAGAAAUCUAGCAAGAAAAAACCUAGUACUUCUUCGUAGAUACGUUCCUUACGUUCAUAUGAUUCAUAUGAUACAAGUUGUAGGGCAUCAAGCUUGAUGUACCGGCCGCUACGUGAUCCAAACGUAUGACGGCGUAUCGACCUCUAGUACUCGUAACUCGUACCGUUACUUCGUACCCGUGGUCCCGCGACAUGCGCUGUCCGCUGCUACGCUACUUCUUGAAAGGGGUCUUCUAAAAAUUACAGUAACGAAAAAAUGAAAGAAUGCAUGAUGGAUCCAAUUUGAGUUCACAACUGCACGAAAACACGACACAUGAAGUGUCUGUUGGACUGCCCUCAUUUUGCCCUCCUUCAUGUCAUGCMUCUAACUCCAUAAGGAGAUCCCUUUUGAUUUCGUAGGAAGAAUCAWAACCCUCACCUUUAGAUCUGGUCUGAAGUUGACCGACUAGCUGACUAUUCGUGCUGUUCAACUUCUCGACUCAAAAACAGAAUCGCCAUGUCGCUGCGUCGAMGUCAAGGAGGGAGAUCGCAGCAAUAUCCACUUGGAAUUCCUCGACAUUCCUAUGACUACGGCGGAGAUUUCGGYUAUGCUGGCAGUGACGGAYUGAGGCCAUCUCUCAGAGGAGGCAGUUGUUAUUCGCAACUGCAUCACCAACAUCCGUUGGACACCGUAUACCUUGACGAUUCCAAGAUCCCCACAGUUCCUCCGUAUCUGRAGGCUGUCUCCACGAACAAAAACAGCAGCGGAAAUAGCAACARCGAGAACAAUCUCCACUCAACCGAUGGUUCUUCCAACGCAACAACAAUUGGCAAGUCGGAAGAUGGAAAGGACGCAGCCACUGGCAAAACGAGCAAUUCCGAGGAAGCCGAUGCUGCGGGAGGGGAAACGGCAAACGCACAGAAAGGCAAUGUAUCUGUUUUGCAGCGGGUAACCUCCUUGAGUUCUAUCAUGUCCUCGUCGACUCUCUCUGCCCUUGGGAGGGGGAAAGCUCCUGGGGAUUCGAAUAUAAAAUCUACCAAUGGCGCCAUUUCCGACACUGCGAUGGGCAAGAACGGCGGCACUUCCGGACUCAAAGGAUCUUCUUCAUCGUCAAUGCUCAAUCAGUAUUAUAARGGCAGUAGCUAUGAUAAGAUUUACAACAAUCCUAACCAUCGGAACUAUCGCCACCACCAGUACCUCCGGAACAUGAAUAUGGCUGGAAAGYAUCCKCACCCCGAACGACCACUCUCGGCAGCAGCAGAAACAUCUUYGCCGCCAUCUCCCAUCGAAACCAAACCCAGCUGGAGACUUCGGGAUCGAAUGAAAACAGUGGGGGUAGGCCUAAUCAUGGCUCUGAAUGUCGGGACUGAUCCKCCUGAUGUUAUCAAGCCUCACCCUUGCGCCAAGCUUCAGUGCUGGCUCGACCCCUCUAGCGUCACGCGUGCAAAGGCCAAGGAAAAGAUCGGGGAACGACUGGAGAARCAGUAUGCCCGAUGGCAACAGCAGCGGGGUGGUAGUAGUUCCUCAUCUUCGAGCUCGAACAACUCUAGUCGGCCCUUCAAGUAUCGAAAGACCCUAGAUCCCACUGUCGAAGACGUCCGGGCACUGUGCCUGUGGCUCCGAAAGCAAGCGCGGCACGAACGGAUCCUGCUUCAUUAYAACGGCCACGGGGUCCCUCGACCAACCCCGAACGGUGAGAUUUGGGUCUUUGACAAGUGUCACACGGAGUAUAUACCACUGUCGGUAUCCGACCUAAGGCAGUGGGUUGGGAAGCCCACCAUCGUAAUCCUGGACUGCUCGUCGGCCGGRAUUCUAAUUCCCUUUCUGACGGCUCCCCCCGCRGAAACUCCCACCAACACACCACCUCGAAUGCCCUCCCCGAUUUUGAAUUCAUCCAACGCAGGUGGUGCUGCUUCCUCUUCGCACUUUGGCCGAGCGGUUCCCGAGGAUGAUCCGAUCAUCACAAACAUGGACGAGGCCGCUUCCCACUGGGUGAAGGAUACGAUCGUUUUGUGUCCAACCAGCGAGGGAGAAUGGCUGCCAAUGAACCCAGAAUACCCAGCUGAUAUCUUCACAUCAUGCCUAACGACACCUAUCCAGAUGGCCUUAAGGUGGUUUGUUCGGAACAACCGCAUCAGCAUGGAGAUGCUCUUCAACCAGAAGGAUUCCGAUUUCGGACCCGACUUCUGGGUUGACUCGAUUCCGGGACAGGCCAACGAUAGAAAGACCCCCCUGGGAGAACUAAACUGGAUUUUCACGUCUGUGACAGAUUCUAUCGCRUGGAAUGGUGAGUUGGCCUCGAUUGAUUUUAAAUGGUGAUMUAUCCACCCGUCGUCGUARCAAACACCACCGUAUGGAUGAUGCUGUCAAAAAUGCAUAUUUCAUUCCAGAGGAAACUCAUAAGGCUCUUUUCGCUUGUUUUUCUCGUUUUCCUUUUCUACGACAGUGCURCCCAAACCUUUGUUUCAGCGAUUAUUCCGACAAGAUUUACUUGUCGCGAGUAUGUUUCGAAAUUUCUUGUUGGCAGAUCGGAUCCUACGAAAUUUGAACUGUACACCGCAAUCCUAUCCACCCCUUCCUCCGGGUGUAGCCGAUCAUCCUCUCUGGCAAGCCUGGGAUCUUGCAUGUGARACAUGCCUCUUUGGUUUGAUCAAGGACGGGAUAUUGGGCGAUGGCCCUACCACAGGACUCGGCGAUAGGGAUCGACUGCAUCCUCGUCAGUGGCAACAGCAAGCUGAGCAAAUAAGGAAGUUGCAGCAACCACGCAUCCCAAGACCUAUUUCCGCGCAUACAAGCUCUUCGCUUUCAUCUCCGUUUUUCUCCGAACAAUUAACAGGCUUUGAGGUGUGGAUGGAGUACGCUGUGAUUCACAAAGGUAAUAUCGAGCACUUGCAUCCGCCCGAACAGUUGCCCAUAGUCUUACAAGUGUUAUUAUCACAAACUCAUAGAGUACGGGCCCUAGAAUUACUGCGCCAGUUUUUGGCAUUKGGUCCGUGGGCUGUGAAUCUGGCGUUAAGUUUGGGUAUCUUUCCAUAYGUCGGGAAAUUAUUACAAAGUGCCGAAUACAAAACUGUGCUUGUCCAUAUUUGGGCCUCGAUUCUCAAAUUCGACCCGUCUUGUCAAGUGGAUCUUUCAAAGGACAAAGCACUGAAGCAUUUCAUUAAACCCUUGGCACAMCUUUCCGAAAGGACCAAAGAGACAGCAGGUGCCUCUCAUCAACACACCCCAGAGGCAGCAAAACAACGUACUCUUAAUGCCUUUUGUCUAGCUUCUUUGUGCUUUAAAUAUUCCACCGCUCAGAGUGAAUGCCUCCGUCAAAAUUUGCACGGGAGCUGCGCCGUUUUGCUCUCGGCACAGAUCAAAUUGCGAGAACAACAAGAACAACAACUAAAGGAACAAGAGCAGACAUCUCGCCGGGCAUCCGAAGAUGCAACUCGAUUUGUUCUAUUGCCUCCCGUUGCCUGUGAGUGGAUCUGUAUGUGCUUGGGCAAUCUUGUGCAGGCUUUUCAUKUCGCCCAAGCCCAAGCCUACGACAUCGACAUGCAUGACCUGCUCAUAACGCUACAACAGCAAGACAAAAAUCCAAAYGUUAGGGCGGCUGCAACAUAUGCACUCGGRAAUCUUUUSGAACACGCUUCUUUACCGUCGUCAAAUAAUUUAUCGUCAUCUACAUUAUCAUCAUCAUUGUCACGGAAUAGAUUACAGCAGAAUCCACCACCUCCUUCGACCAUGAAUCCACCUGGCAUUGGAUCACCAACUCCGAUAAGUCUGGGAYCUCAAGCCUUCUCUAACUCAGGCCAAGGUAUGCUUAUGCCUCAAGGGCAGUUGCAGUCACGACAGCCGCAGCAGCAGCAAAUKUUUUUGCCUAGUCCAAUUUCCUCACCCGGAAUGCCGGUCGCUUCGACUUUAGCGGCAGUAAAUGCAUUCCCGGGGCAGCUCCAACAGAACCCAAGCAUUUCAAUGAAUCAAGGACCAGCAUCAGCUGCUCUGGCGGCAGCUAUGGCACGUGGAGGACUUGCUCCUCCAACACAGCAGCAACUUGCUUCAAAUCAAAAUCUAGUUUCGCAUGGAAUGGGACAAAAGGGGCUAACAGCAGGAGUACAGCAACAGCAAAUCCAAAACCCGAUACCACAAAAAAUACAGGGUGCACCACAAGUUAUGCCUGGUGUGAGUCCGAUGCUUUCUUCUCAAGUAAUGUUGCAACGAGGGGGUGUGCAGCAACAACAAGGGGUACCACAGGUUACACCUGUCUUGGGUGCAUUGGCCCCACAGCACUCACCUGGAGUUCCAAUGGUAGGAAUUGGURGUCACCUGGCCCCUGGACAGCCCCUGAUGACGAGAGCGACUUCUGGRCCUCAGCUCGGAGCAGUACAACCAGGCGCCUUAUUCCAUCCUCAAAGGACUAACCAGCCUUCGAUUGGAGGCUAUCUUGGACCUGCGGCAGGAAAUCCUAUUGGCAUAAUGACUCCUUCAAACGUCACUCGUUCCGCCCCCGUAGGCAUGCCAAUCGUGGGAUCUCCUCUAGGAAUAGGCGCUUCCGCAGUUGGUUCGCCGAUCAUGAUGAAGCAGAUGAGAGUUGCACCACAUUUGGCGGAACAGCAACAGCGUCGUCGUCCCACAGUUUAUGAAGAUCUSCGGCGAAUCCUAUUCGAUUUGAAAGUAAUGGAGUCUAUGAUCCAGGUUCUGGCUGAUGGCAGUCCUAUAGUGCGCUACGAGGUCGUUAUGGCCCUCAGCAAUUUCGUGGARAAAUAUCUUCAAGCAAUUAUGGUUAUUGCCGAGGACGCGACUCGACUCAUGGACACAAUGCGGCUCGAAAAAAUUGCCGAAGGUGAGGAUGGUAUCACUAGACAUUCAACAAAAUGUCGCACUAGAGUUGUUUCACUACCACAAGGAGUAAAUCAAAAGAUUAUGGAUCGUUUCGGAGAGUGCUGGAAGGCACUUCGUAAAGUGCAACACGAGGAUCCCCAUCCCAAUGUUUCAAGGGCCGCAAACAAAAUUGUACGCGUAGUUCACGAAACUUUAUAUGAUAUGCGUAUAGAAUUGGACGCGGCRAAAGAUAGAAAUAGARUGAAGAGCGAGUUAUCUGGAAUCCAGGAAGAGGGGGAGACUGGAGGGGAUAGCUUGGAUCGUGUUAAAUCAGAUGCAAAUAUAUCGUUGACAUCUCCGGAUCAAAGAACGAAGAGCUUACGAGUGUUGCCUCAAAGCGAUGGCCCUUCGAAUCGUUUACCAACAAUCAAACCGAAACCUUAUCCACUACGACGUUCCUCUUCCGAAGUACCAGGAGGUAAUUUUCCAUCAGUUCAAAUUGGAGAUCCUAAAAGUGCACCAUCUCUUGUAAUGCCGGGACGGAAUUUGAUGGAUCGUGUYAAAGCAGAGAAUCUACUACCUAAAUCGCAAUUKUACAAGUGGAAAAAAUCAAUUUUCAGACCCGACUAUGAUGACGAGGACGUCGAAGAUCGAGAUCCAUUGAACCCUUCGGAAGCUGCAAGAAAUUACCAGCAUCGGCGCAACGCUAUUGUACGGGAGAAUGGCCGCAAAAUUUCAAAGCAUUUUGAAGGACUCAAGCCACGAAGGGAUAAUAKUCAACAGGGAAGCAUCAAUAUGCUCCUUGAAGACGACAGCAAUGGAAACGAGGAUACUGAUAUCUUCUUACAAAGUGAGCUGAGGUUGAAAGAAAAACAAUUGUUGAGAAACACUGGUGGCGUGAAGAUGACAUCUAUGCUGAAAUUYCAUUCGUACGAGAACGCUUUAGUUGUAUGCGACAAUCAGGAUUAUGUCUCAAUAUGGGAUUACGAAAAAGGAACCCAAAAAUCAUCGUUCAAGAAUGGGAAUCCCACGGGUUCUCGAAUGACUUCCACAUUUUGGAUGAAYGAAUCAUCCUCCAGUCUCCUGUUUGUCGGUUGCGACGAUGGUUCAGCACGCAUUUGGCGUGGUAUUGUCGAAAACAAUGGCGAAAUUUCGAACCAAGCUCCGGUGCUUGAAUCUGCUUUCUAUGCGAUCCCAGWCAUGGAAUCUGGCCAGCGAAGCAAGAGCGGCUUAAUUUGCGAAUGGCAGCAGACAACAGGCACGCUGAUAUCAGGUAAGAAAUAGUUUGGUUUUUACGUUUCGAAUCUUCCGUAAAAAACUACUUUGAAUGCUUGAGUGCCUUCAAUCGGGCUUUGGUAAAAUUUCCUUUCUCAAAAUCGUGCAAAUCACUCAUUUCAUUUCCGGUCCCAAUCGAAUUGGUUACCGGUGCUUUAUUUGUGCUUUGCUUGCCAAUAGGUGGAAAUUCUAGAAACCUACGUUGUUGGGACAUGACCGCACAGAAGUGUUYUGCUACUAUUAACAUUGAAAGCGACUCGUGCAUAACUGCGCUCACAACAGCUUGGGACGAAGAUAACAAUACUGGAUUUCGAGGGACUGGACCGGAAAUCAUCGCAGCCGGAUUUUCGGAUGGUUCCUUGAARUUGUUUGAYGUUCGAAUGCCCAAGUCCGGAGCUGCCUUAUCUGCAGCGGCAAGGGCAAAUAACAAAAGCCCUCCUCGCGGAAGGGCAACAGGUGCAACCAGUCGGAGAAGGGCAGGCGCAGCUGCCUUGAACAACARGACUUUCAACGAGCACGGAAGCUGGAUUGUUGAUGUUUCCUUUGCCUCUUACUGCGGAACUCAGAACGAAAUACUUUCCGGAAGCGUUGCGGGAGACAUUCGAGCAUGGGAUAUUCGGAGGUCGUCUCGAAGYCUCCGUGCAAUUGAAGUCCAGCGUAGCCCGAUGACUGCCCUUUCUGUGCACAAGAAAAUACCCGUUGCCGCGACUGGUUCUCACGCUCAGUUUAUCAAGAUUCUGACACUAGAAGGAGAGACACUCCAGGUAGCCCGAUUCCAUGAAGAAUCUCUACCGGGCCACAGGAUCGGACCCGUGAGCUGUCUAGAAUUCCACAAGCAGAAACUUGUGCUGGCUGCCGGGUCAACGAACGCAUUGGUGAGUAUAUACAAACCUCGCCGACCGCUUCCGUGAAUGAGCUCUAUUUUUCGAAAGAAGAAAACGUAACAAAUCGAAAACAGAAAA